CAGCGCAUCGCCAUCGCGCGGGCGAUCCUGAAGGACGCGCCCAUCCUGCUGCUCGACGAGGCGACCUCGGCGCUCGACACGGCGAGCGAGGAGGCGGUUCAGCACGCGCUGGCCCUGCUGAUGGCGGGUCGGACCACCCUCGUCAUCGCGCACCGCCUGAGCACCAUCGCGACGGCCGACACCAUCGUCGUUAUCGACCGAGGGGUCGUGGCGGAGACAGGCACGCACGAUGAGCUGCUCGCCGGCAAGGGCAUAUACCACAGCCUCGUG